AUGUCUACCACACCAUCAUCCCACAGCUCCGCCACCGCGCGCGAUGCCACCACAAACUACUCCUACGAUCUCAGCAACGCGAUAUACGGCGCCUUCCCCAGCUGCGCAACCGAUAUAUCGCCGCGCACAUCACGCGCCGCAUCUCCAAGUUCCGCGUCUGCAUCAAAUUCGUCAAAGAAGCUCAGCACAGGCAUGACUACUGCAAACACCACCGGCACUGCAAACCGCACACUAUGCCGCCAAGCCAUAAGUCUGCACCGCGAAAACGCGCCUCCAACCUGGCUGCCCGCACCCAACCCCACCAGUCCCACCAACAAACGCAGUGCGCUCGCUCGACGCCAGCAAGGACAGCAAGGCAUGAAUAUCCACGCGAGCACGUGCCUCAACCUCAAUGCCAGCGCCGAAGAAGACACCUCAGAAGCGGAUCUGUGGAUUUUGCCUGAGCUUGACGACUGGGAGGAAGACGAAACCGAGACUGAGUCUACGAUUCUAACGCCUUCGAGUUCUGCGGAGUUGGACGCACCAGUGACUGGAGGACGCGAGAACAAGUGGGCGGGUGUGUUGAGGCGCGCUGCCAACUCGAAUCUUGAGCGCUUGAGGAAUAGGAUGGAGGGGGAGGGGUGGGAUUUUGUCAAAUCGGCGGAUCAGGAUCAGGAUGAUAUGGAUGAUGAGGAAUUCGACGUAGUCAUUGUACGAUGA